AUGGAGACAGUCGGAAGUGGCAGUUCUUCUCAUGGUUGUGUAAAGAUCUACUUUGUGAAAUGUGAGGCUGCUUUGGAGAAUUGUAUCAAGCGUCUCUUAUGUAGGGAUUCAGGAACAGUGAGGCAUACCCAUGCUUGUAGGCAAAUAGAAAAAUUAGGAAGGAAAACCCUCUUCCUUUUACUUGCAGCAUGUAUAGCUGUGGGUGCUACACACGUACAAGAAGAAGGCAUAGAUGUUCUUCAGCAUUUAGGCCUAAGGGAGCAAGCUGUAUACCAUCCAUCAACAGGGACUGUAAUGCCUUUGUCAUGUGCUUCAUUACCUCAGGGAGUUCUCCUAAGUUCUUCAGGAGUUGUUUUGUCCAGAGAUGCUGCCAUUGAGGUUCCUAUCCCUCAAGUGAUAACAUCAAGCUUAGGCUCUCAGUUUACUGUAUUGAUUAGUUUACGCUCUUACAGAGCAAACAAUGCCUUUCUUUUCAGUAUUAGAAAUAAAAACAGACUGCAGUUUGGUGUUCAGUUGCUACCAAGAAAGAUAAUGGUGCACACUGGAGAGAAGCAGUCUAUAUAUUUCAGUUAUACCAUUCAUGAUGAACAAUGGCACUCAUUCGCUAUUGAUGUUGCAGAAAAAACAGUGUCCCUGUUUGCUCAGUGUGGAAGGAAGCACUUCACAAGAGAGACUUUUUCUAGAAUAAAGCAGUUUGAUUCACAUAGUUUAUUUACCUUAGGAAGGAUGAACUCCCAUUCAGUCAACUUUGAAGGAGUAAUAUGUCAACUGGAUAUUAUCCCUUCUGCACAAGCCUCAGCAAACUAUUGUAAAUAUGUGAAACAACAGUGUCGCCAAAUGGAUACAUACCGAUCUCAGCCAACACCUCCAGAAACAUCACUUGGAGAGCUUUUAAAUAUCUCAAGCAAACAGUUGGAUGAAGAAACCCUACUCGAUUACAAGACAUUAAAGGCAGGUAAAGUAGUCUCAAACCUUUAUGUCAACAGCUCUGCACCAGUCCACGUACUGCCAGAAUUUGCAGAGAUUCGACCUGUCCCAACAUCUCUUUGCUUAAGAAAUGUUACUGGAUUGGAAAUUAUGCCUGAGCAGAAUGGCCAACAAAUUGACAGUGUAUCAAAAAUUCAUCAGCAAGAUGUCAGCAAAAGGAAGAGUGGACCCCAGACACAAACAGAAUUACUGCUAAACCUUACUGGAAAUGCCACAGAAAAUACAAGCGGGAAAAAUUACCCACCUCUGCUGUUUUCCAUAAAGCAGACUAAAAACGCAAAUAUGGUGAAAAACACGUCAAAGGAAUAUUCACACGAACCUGUGGAGAUGCAGCAAAUUUUAAAUAACACGUUAUAUAGGGCUUCUUCUGAUUCUUUGCCUUUGAAUAACCAUCUUGGUCCUUGGGGUGAAGAUACAUUUCAGGUUGAUGACACUUACAAUGCAGAAAGCAGUUAUGAACUUGACAUUGAUGAUUAUGAUUAUGACUAUGAAGAAUUGGAGAGAAUGUUUGAAAUGGAGAAUCUGAGAGGGCCUAAAGGGGACCUUGGACAUUCAGGACCUCCAGGUCCUCCAGGAUUACCUGGCCCAGCCGGGAAGAGAGGCCCAAGAGGUAUUCCAGGCCCACAUGGGAAUCCAGGACUUCCAGGGCUGCCUGGUCCAAAGGGCCCUAAAGGUGAUCCAGGAUUCUCUCCUGGGCAAGCAAAACGUGGAGUAAAGGGUGACACUGGACCAGUAGGUUUGCCAGGCCUUGUGGGUGUGAAAGGUGAAAAGGGUUCCAUGGGAUAUCCAGGAACAAGAGGACCACAAGGGGAGCAAGGAAUUCUAGGAAUGGCAGGCAACCCUGGGGCUCCUGGUUACCCUGGCAGGCAGGGUUUAGCAGGACCCGAAGGUAACCCAGGCCCUAAAGGUGUAAGAGGUUUCAUUGGACCCCCAGGAGUGGCAGGGCUGCCUGGACUUGAGGGAGAAAGAGGCAUUCUAGGUUUACCUGGAAAAAGAGGCCCAAAGGGAAGACAGGGUUUACCAGGUGAUUUUGGAAACAGAGGGCCCCCUGGUCCUGAUGGAAGUCCUGGACUUGUUGGUGGUGUUGGCCCUCCUGGAUUUCCUGGACUUAGAGGUGUUUUAGGGCCAGUGGGACCAUCUGGACCACCUGGAAUUCCUGGACCUCUGGGUCUUCCUGGGAGUAUGGGGCAACCUGGAUUGAAAGGUGAUAAGGGUGAACAAGGCAUUGCAGGAGAGCCAGGGGAGCUGGGGUACCCAGGAGACAAGGGUGCUGCUGGUUUGCCAGGUCCACCAGGAAUUAAAGGAAAACUCGGCCCCUUGGGUAAAACAGGAGAUUGUGGACCCCAGGGACCAUCAGGCCCUCCAGGACCAGAGGGUUUUCCAGGAGAUAUUGGUGUUCCUGGCCUGAAUGGCCCUGAAGGUCCAAAGGGGAUUCUAGGUGACAGAGGACCUCCAGGACCACCAGGUCCCAAAGGAGUCGAGGGAGAAGAAGGACCUGUUGGACCUAUUGGAGGAGCUGGACCAAGAGGAAAGGCAGGUCGGAAAGGGUAUGCAGGUGAACCAGGACCAGAAGGCAUGAAGGGGGAAACUGGAGAGCAAGGAAAUGCUGGGAAAACUGGUGGAACAGGUCCGGUUGGUUUGCCAGGUGAAACCGGAUCACCUGGAGGCUCCAGCGAAAAGGGAGAGAGGGGUAGUCCUGGCCCACUGGGCCCACCUGGAGAAAAAGGUGUCAUGGGAUAUCCAGGACCUCCUGGAAGCCCUGGGCCUAUAGGUCCACAAGGAUUGCCUGGUCCUUCAGGGGCAAGAGGAUCUCCUGGACCUCAGGGCCUUAAAGGUCAAAGAGGACCAAGAGGUCAGGAUGGUCCACCAGGAGAGCAAGGGACACAAGGUAUUAAGGGAGAAACUGGCGACCAAGGGAAAAAAGGCAUUCCUGGACUAAUUGGCAAAGCUGGUAACCCUGGAGAAAGAGGUGAUCAAGGAGCUAUAGGUUUACCUGGUCCUCCAGGAAGCACAGGAGAUAAAGGUCCGGUGGGUGAACCAGGACCAAGGGGCCAACAAGGUGAUUCUGGUCCUGUUGGAGAAGUGGGCUUUGAGGGACCACCUGGCCCAGAAGGAGAGCCGGGGCCCCAAGGAGAACCUGGGGCAAAGGGAGACAGUGGACCAGCUGGCAACCCAGGAGAACCAGGAGAACAAGGCUUAAGAGGUGUGCCUGGACCACCAGGGGAAGAUGGCAUCCAAGGGAAAGAUGGCUCAAAGGGAAAUGUUGGAGACCAAGGGCUUUCUGGAGAAGAAGGUGAAAAAGGAAAGCCUGGCAUUCCAGGAGCUACAGGCCCUGCAGGUGAACCUGGCAUAAGUGGCAUUCCAGGGCCUGAAGGCGCUCCAGGAAGUCUAGGUCAAAGGGGCCGUCCAGGAAAAAAGGGGGGAAAGGGUCAGCUUGGUCCCCUAGGAGAGACUGGCAUCCCAGGUGACCGUGGCCAAGUUGGAGAAGUCGGUCCAAAGGGUUCAAGAGGAACUAGAGGUCCAUUGGGAUAUUUAGGUUUAAUGGGACCUACAGGAGAGCCUGGAAUUCCAGGUUACAGGGGUCAUCAAGGUCCACCAGGAGCAUCUGGCCCUCCAGGACUUAAAGGAGAGAAGGGUUACCCUGGUGAAGACAGCACAGUACUGGGACUACCUGGGCCCAUAGGUGAACCAGGUCCUAUUGGUGAGCAUGGAGAUAGAGGAGAGCCUGGUGAUGUAGGUUACAAGGGUCACCCAGGACUUCCAGGACAAAGAGGUGCUAUUGGACAACAAGGACUACCGGGUGAGCCGGGUGAACGUGGGGAUGCAGGACCAAAAGGAGAGAGGGGAUCUCAAGGUCCUGUCGGAAAAAAAGGAAUGAGUGGUCAAGCUGGGAAACCUGGAAUGCCUGGUAAGCCUGGUUUUCUAGGCCAAAAGGGACCACCUGGCUAUCCUGGACCAGAGGGCAUUCCUGGCAGUCCUGGAAAACCUGGGGUACCUGGGCAGGAGGCCUUUCCUGGUGAUAGAGGAAGCCCAGGAAUAGCUGGACUAGCAGGAUAUCCUGGAACUCAAGGACCGAAGGGGUUACCAGGUAUGCCAGGAAACAUUGGACCACCAGGACUAAAGGGUGAACAAGGACUUCGGGGACAUCCAGGAAAGCAAGGUAAACGAGGCCUUCCUGGGUCACAAGGUGAUCAAGGCGCGCCAGGAGAUCCAGGCCUGAAGGGGCAUGCUGGAGAAUCUGGUGAUCCAGGUUUAAUGGGCUUUCAGGGAUUCCCAGGUCCUAAGGGACCUGAAGGUGACCUUGGUUUAAUUGGAAUUCUAGGACCAAAAGGACCAGUAGGUCAAAUAGGAAACUCUGGCCCUAUUGGUAAUGAAGGCAUCAUAGGCCCUGCAGGCAAACCCGGCCCCAGAGGAGCUAAAGGAUCCAGAGGUGAAAUUGGUCCUCAAGGACCACGAGGUCAUCCAGGUCUACCUGGUCUACCUGGGGCACCAGGUUCAACAAGACAAAUUGAUAUCAAUGCUGCUAUUCAAGCCUUGAUUGAAUCAAAUGCUGCUUUACAGAUGGAGAGCUACCAGAAUACUGAAGUAACAUUUCUGGAACAUAGUGCCGAGAUAUUCAAAACACUACAUUAUCUUGGCAAUUUACUACAUACUAUCAAGAAUCCGUUGGGAACUCGAGAUAAUCCAGCACGUAUCUGCAGGGAUUUGCUUAACUGUGAACGUAAAGUCUUAGAUGGGAAAUACUGGAUUGAUCCAAAUAUUGGAUGUACUUCUGAUGCCAUUGAAGUUUUUUGCAACUUUACUGCUGGUGGCCAGACAUGUUUAUCACCUGUAUCUGUUACCAAGCUGGAGUUUGGCAUUGGAAAAGUACAGAUGAACUUCCUUCAUUUGCUGAGUUCAGAAGCAAUCCAUACCAUCACUGUUCAUUGCCUAAACACCCCAGUAUGGGGAAUCAACAAACCAGAUGCCCAGAAAUCCUCUAUCAGCUUCAAAGGAUGGAAUGGUCAAAUGUUUGAAGCAAACACGUUGCUUGAACCAAAAGUGCUUCACGACGAAUGCAUGGUUCAAGAUGGCAGCUGGCAUAAAACCCAAUUCCUUUUUCACACUCAAGACACCAAUCAGCUACCCAUUGUUCAAGUGCAUGCAUUUCCAUAUCUCAAACAAGGACAACAGCGUUACAUAGAAAGUGGUUCGGUGUGUUUUCUCUAGGCCUCUGACCAGAAUUGGGUUUCUCACAUCAUCGUGUGAAUAUUGGAAGGCAUUUACUAUAAAACUACGAAAGAAUUGUAAAGAAAAAUUUUGCUUGUUUCUUAAAGAAUCUCAGGAAGAAAAAGACUUCCUCCUCAGAAGGAGAAAUUAAAAAAAAACCCUUGAUAACAUUAAUAUUUAAUUUUGUGAUUGGUACUUGUUUGUAUUAUUAUCUGGAACUGAAAGUUAUACAUAUACCUGAAAAUCCUUCAGAAAACCACAUGUUCUUAACCUCCUUAACAGCACAGUUCAGGACACCCAAAGGAAAGAUGGAGGCAUACACUACAAAGGAGCAACCUCGGCUAAUGCUUCUAAAAGUGCAAUAGCUUGUAUUAUAAUGAUAUGAGAGUAUGAGAGUGAGUUAUGCCACCAAAAAACCAAAUAUUUUCCUUAAAACACUUAAGUUGUAUUACAGUCCUUUAUGGACUCAGACAUCUUAACAGAUGAUAUACUACCUCUUAUGUGUUUCCUGUCUUUUGCUUUGUGCUCUCUCUAUAUACAACAUAAAGUGUUUGUGGCCUUAGCAUAGUUUAUUGGGGAGUUUUGUUUUGCCUCUUUUUUUUGAGCUGUAUGUACUGGUUACAUCAAGAGAACUUUUCAUUGUAAAAUUGUGGAUUUUUUAAAGGUCAUGUCAUUGACUGAAAACAUUAUUUAUGUGAAAAUCGUGAUUAAAAUGUUUCUGUCUUAGACAAGGAACUGAUACAUGAGACAGGACAUUGUAUCUGGUGCAUAUAGAAAUGAUGGGAUUUUGUAGUUGUAAAAGGGCUACAUACAGUAGUCUUUUUAAACUUCCUGGACUGCAGUUAAGAUUUUUUUUUAACUAUUCAAGGCCACCUACAAUGAUGUAUUGUGUAAAUAUUUUGUAACUGUUGAAAAUGUUAAUACAGCAUAUAUUUUAAA